AUGGCACAUAUUCCUUCAGAAAUUCAAGAUAUGCCUCCUAAAGAUGAAUCAACUGGUUCAGGAACCUCCAUUCGAUCUACUUUGUGUGAUUAUACACUUACUGAGGACUCUGUUUUGAGAUCUAUGAUUGAAGAAGAUGCUUUUAAGGCUUUGUUUGAGGAAGUCGUGAUAAAAAUGCCACGAUACAAAUUUUCUGUCUCUGAAACAGAUGAAUUGAACGAUUUUCUUUCACUAACUUUUCCUCAAAAACUUUGGAAGCUAGUUGAAAGUGAUCAGUUUAAAUCUAUUUGGUGGGAUGAGAGUGGCACUUCUGUAGUGAUCAAUGAAGAAGUCUUCAAGAAAGAAGUCUUAGAAAGAAAGGCCCCUUUCAGAAUAUUUGAAACUGAUAGUAUGAAAAGUUUAGUUCGACAGCUUAACCUUUAUGGGUUUAAAAAAAAGCAACACACUUUUCAAAGAUCUGCUUCACUAGCUGACUUUCUGGAAGAAAAAAGCAAUGUCUCUGUUUUGAGCAAGUUACAGAUCUAUCAUAAUCCAAAUUUCAAAAGAGGCUAUCCCCAACUUUUAUUAAGAAUGAAAAGAAGAAUUGGGAUUAAAAAUGUCUCUCCAAUAGCUUCAUUAAUUCAAGAUUACAAGAAGAAGAAUGUUAUAGCAAGGGGCAACAUAGAUAAUUGUAACUCUAGCUCUCCUCCUGAAACUAGUGGGGAGAGUGCAUUUUCAGCCUCCGUAAGUUUAAGUGUGCCUUUCACACCUUAUACCAGGCAGACAGUCGAUAAUACAAGUGCCCUAUCUCCGUGUGAUUUUCCUUCCCCAUCAUCAACAUCAGUUAGACAGACAGAAAAUAUUGUGAUGGAUCAACCCGCUAUUCUAAAUCAGUUGAGUAUUUUUAAUCGGCUCUCACAUAGUAGCUACACUGAAGCAAAUGGCCUCAUGGAGAACUUUGCUACUACAACUACUUCUGCUUCUCAGAACCACAUUGUAUCUCCCUUACAGAGCAGUUAUGUUGGACUGAUGGUGCAUCCUUCUAAAUUUCCAGUUAGGUACAGCUAUAUGACAGCCCAUGACAGUCCUUUUCCUAACCUGCAACAGAGAGGAAACUCAUGGUCCCCAGUGCCAAGGAUCCAUGAUACAUCUUCCUCCUCUCUUUCAAGGUCAACUCAUCAAAAAUCUUCAUUAUAUGAAAACCAUCCUAAUUAA